GAACUUCCAACAGCCUUUAGUUUACAGUUCAAAGGACCUCCACCAGAGAGGGCAUAUCUAAUAGACCGAAACAUGAAUUUGUGGCUUGUGAAAAUGGCCAAAAUUGGAAAUGACUUGUUUUUUUGUGAUGGCUGGGAAAAGUUUGUUCAAGAUAACUCGGUCGAGGCAGGGGACAUCUUUGUGUUUCGAUACGAUGGGUUCAAUUUAUUUGAUGUGAAACUACUAGGGUUAUCAGGUUGUGAUAAGAAGGGUUUCGGACAUUCAACGAAUGAAGAAGACGGAGAAGCACCAGUGGAGAAAGUGACUCAGGGUCGACCCGUUCAACGUCCCCUCAGUCCUUACGGUGAUGACAUAUUCAGAUCAGGUUUAGCUAUACGGCCAAGAAAUCCCUACUUUGUCACUAAAAUUAGGAAAUCGAGGAAGGAUGAUUUGUAUAUCCCCAAGGAGACAAUCAAGGACUUCCAAUUGGACAACCUGCCUGGAGAGAUGUUUCUCAUUGAUCCACAAGACAGAAGAUUUCCAGCAAAGAUCGUAAGAUGGAAGGAUGAGCGGGUGUGGUGCAAAGGAGGCUGGAAAAGUCUCUGUGCCGUGAACUUUGUACGACCAGAGGACAGAUGUAUCUGUGAAUUUGUUGAUGGUAACUUAAGUAUCAAAUUUGUCCGAGGAAAUAAUUGA